AUGGAUACCAAGCAUACACCCACCAAGCAGCAUGGCUACCAUCCCACAUCAUCAUCGACGGCUGCCCAGGGCUGCCCAAGCGCAGUCAAGAGCCCUUUCCCCCCCACAUAUGCCCGAGAUCUCCACGAUACGGCCGGUCUAGGCAAUAUACAAGCUGGUUUCUGGAGUGAGAAUGGUUACUGCCAAUACCCCUGGUCCACCGACACUGUCUCUACGGCCGAUCUAGAGGUACUCCUGUGGUUCAUUAUGGUCCAUGAUUACGCCCACACUGCCCCGCGGUUUCCGGUUGACAUGCCCAGCGAGUUUGUCGACCACUGGGUCCAGGUAGGACGCAUGUUGGCCCAGCAGCACGGCCUAUGGCUCAGUGUGGAUCCGCAAAUACAAGAAUUCGACGUCCCGGCUAUACAGGCCUACUGCUAUGAGCACGUUAUCCAGCCCGCUCGUCACCACAACCUUCCUACUGAAUACGUUGCUGCGACAAUAUCCCGCUUCAGUACCCUGGUCGGCGAGCAUGGACGUAUGUAUACUGGCAGUCUGGACUACAUCCUUGCAGUGCAAGGGCCAAAGCAUUUGGCGACGAAAAUGUGGUUCGACCGGAACGUGGUCAUUCCUCGGUUGUGGUUUCCCAAGCGGAGCGAGCUAGACAGACUGAUACAGUCGUUGGAUGUGGCGCAAAGGCGGUACUUUAAGGCGCUGGAAGGGGCUGGGUUCAAGAUUAAUACCACGUCGGAAGCUGUUGCAAGGAUGACUGGCUGGUGCGAGGUCGAAUGGGAAGAGAUGGUAUUGACCGAGUAUGCCAAGGCCGUUGUGAAACGGACGCUUCAAGCGGUGGAGCAUGUGGACGAAGCAAGAGCGCGUUUUGGUACGAGCCCGAAGUCAGCAACUCAGUCGGGAGCUAUUGAUCUUGAGGAAUUGUUCGCGGAUAUCGCUGCUGCUGCUGCGUCGUGCGAAGUUCCGACCCGUCCAUCAACCCUGCCAAAGCCUGCCAAAGCGGACGGAAGCCAUUCGGUGCUAGGGAAGGCUCGGAAAUAUAUACGAAGAAUGCUUCGGCGCUCUUGA